GUCUUUCCAGAUAGUCUGCAGAGGACGCUGGAUGCUCAUCGUGCCUCCAACCGAGCCAGUCUGUUUCGCGUGGUGAACACCACCGCACCUCCGAAGAAGAACCGUCGCCCAAAGACACAUAGAGUGGUCACCAAGUCAGCCCAUAAACAAGAGGAGGAGGAGCAAAAACAGGUAACGCUGAAAAGUACUCAAAAACCGAAAAUCAGUCGUCGGGAGUUAGAUAGAUAUGUCAAGUCGCGGCUCCGAUCUGACCACAAAAGACCACCGGAAUGGGUGAAUCAGCAGUUGCGAUGGGGUAUGAGCGUGCUACAGAACCGACCGGAGCAGUGGCUAUGGCUCAAUCACUAUGCUGGGAAUAACACGUCCGACGCUACGACGCACCUAGACGCUGAAAUUCGAGCCCUGGACGCCUAUCUGAUGCCAACUUCGGAUGAACAAAACCAAGUGAACGAACUAGUGGACACAGUCUCAAAGCUCUUCCAAGACAUUCCUUAUAUGCCCCAGUUGACUGGCUCCUGGCGGACGGGUGUUGCAUCGAGUCAUUCAGACGUCGACUUCGUCUUGCCAGUACCAGAUAUCGGACGAUUGAAGGACGAUAUCCGUAAACCCAGUUCCACAAGACCUCAAGUUUUAGAAGAUUACCACAGCCUCCUGGAGAGGGUUCAACAGAUCCUAUGGCAAACCCCCACGUUCAAAGAUAAGACUUUCCUGGUGUACAACCGCAUCCCAGUCCUCUCAGCCAUACACGGCCCAACAGGAAUACGAGUCCGAUUCCAAUGCAAAGAGGGUCUCCCCUCAUCUAUCGAAUACAUCAACGAUUAUUUAGCAGAAUAUCCCGCUGUGCGCCCAUUAUACAGGACUACCCGACUAAUCCUCGAAGUACAAGAACUGUUCGGACCCCUCCACUCGUCAAUAGGCACAAACGCCCUCCUAAUGCUCCUCGUCGCAUUCUGCAAAAUGAACCACGGCCGCUUCCAACGCCCACACGGCCUAGGCGUCCAGCUCCUCGCUUUUCUGCGCACGUAUGGAAUUGAUGUGGAUCUCGCCGCUAAUGGUGUCGCCGUUGACCCGCCAGGUUUGUUCAACGAGGAGUCCACCCGGAGCGCGGAUGAGAGGUGGUCGUGGCCUGAGGAGACACCGGCGCACAUUCGGGGCCAGUGCGCACUUAUGAACCUCAAACGCACAGCGGGUUUCAAGGGCAAUGGGCCCAUCGCGGACCAUUUGUGUAUUCAGGAUCCGACAAAUUAUAUGAAUGAUCUGGGGCGGCUUUGUACCCGGACGAGGGACAUACAGAAUGUUUGGGCUGCUGCGUAUGCACGGUUGAAAGCGGCAUCGGACGAUUGGGAUGGUUCUGGGGGUACGGUUAGGCAGAGUAUCUUGACCCAUAGUCUUCGUGCCAAUUUCGAGGAUUUUGAGAGAAAGCGU